UCCGGGAUGCAGUCCCUUUGAAAGGCGGACAGGGAGGCUGCGACCACGAUGGCGAACGUGGACCGGCUGCUGUGCGUGCUGAGCCUGCUCCUCUGCGGAGUGGCAAGCCUUGAGCUGUCCGCACCUCCCAGCGGCAGCACCGAGAAGCCCAUCAUUGGAAUAUUAAUGCAAAGGUGCCGUAAUAAGAUGAGAAACCUUGGAAAAUACUAUAUUGCUGCAUCCUACGUAAAAUAUCUGGAGUCCGCAGGUGCAAGAGUUGUACCAGUAAGGCUUAAUCUUACUGAUAAAGAAUACGAAAAGCUUUUCAAAUCUAUUAAUGGGAUCCUUUUCCCUGGAGGAAGUGUUAACAUAAGAACCUCAAGUUAUGCCAAAGUGGCCAGAAUAUUUUAUAACUCUGCCCUGAAGAGUUUUGAUGUUGGAGACUAUUUCCCAGUGUGGGGCACAUGUCUGGGAUUUGAAGCGCUCACAUUACUGGUGAGUGAAGAGAACUUACUAACUUCCACAAAAACUGAGAAUCUGUCACUGCCACUGAACUUCACUGGAGCUACAUUACAGGGUAGAAUGUUCCGGAAUUUUCCUGCUGACUUGUUGCUGUCAUUAUCUACUGAACCUCUGACUGCAAAUUUCCACAAGUGGAGCCUCUCCAUGAAGAAUUUUACAGCAAAUGAAAAGUUGAAGACAUUUUUCAAUGUAAUAACUACAAAUACAGCUGACAAGAUUGAAUUUGUUUCAUCAGUGGAAGGAUAUAAGUAUCCAGUAUAUGGUGUCCAGUGGCAUCCAGAGAAACCACCUUAUGAGUGGGGAAAUGACAACAUUUCCCGUUCACCUAAUGCUGUGAAGGCUGCAUUUUAUUUAGCAGAGUUCUUCGUUUCUGAAGCUCGGAAAAAUAAUCAUCACUUUGAAUCUGAAGAUGAAGAGCGGGAGGCACUGAUUUAUCAGUUUCGUCCGAUUUAUACUGGAAAUUUCUCUUCAUUCCAGCAAAGUUAUAUCUUUGAUUGAAAGCCUUUGAUGUGUUAAUAGAGCAACUCCGAGUAAUUCCAUGAUUGAACUAUUCUCAUAACUUGUUAUUCAUGGCAGUAAUAGAGAUUGUCAUGGAGAUUCCUUUUCUGUGAUGUGACUCGCUCUGAUUCUUCUUUCAGUAUAUAACAUUACAUCACUUCUGACGAUCAAAUAGUAAGACAGAUAAAUAACCAUAAUGUACUUUAUGGAAAAGGCUUAUUGUAUCCAAAGAUUGGAAAAAAAUAAAUUUAUUGAAAAUGUUA